CCUGGCUCCUUUGUUUACUUCAAACAGACGUAAGAAUUAGGCGAAAGAAAAAAAUCGUGAAAGCGGCAACCACGGUUGAGUAACUUGCCCCUGAGUUUAAAGGCAGGUAGUCUUCUUCUCUUCAAAACUGCCCGGAAAGUGAUAACUCGUCUCGUGCUGCACGACUUCCUUCCUUCAGACUUGAGAGUUGACUACCUACAUCCUUGUCGGACUAAACCCGAUCAGCUAGCUGCCUCUCACCACAAAUUUCACUUCUUCACAUACCAGUACUUCUAGACAACAGCAACCAUUGCAACAUUUCUACCUUACCUUCAUCAUGCACUCGCUGGCGCAACUCGCUCUCAUCGGCCUUGCCUCCGCAGCCGUCAUUUCCCCCGUCUCCCGAGGCACUACUAGUGGUAUUUCCGUUGAUGACAACUUCAAGACCCGGGACUCCGCCAACUCCUCCUCCGAUCUGGACUGGAACCAGUCCCUAAACUUCACCUCCACCACCUCCUCCGACGGUGACCUCAUCGCCAAACGCCGCACCGACAGCGGUACCUACACCUCCAUCACUCCCCCCGCAAAACAACCCGACUUCUGCCCCUAUGAUCUCGUCGAGCAACCCCAACCUUUGCUGUCGUAUGACAACAAGGCCCCCCUCGCCUCCGACUGCGGUCACAUCGUCGACCUGAUCAACGACACCAAGCGCCGCGGGUCCUGGACGUUUGACAUCGCUGAUCUGGAGAAGGGGAUCAUCCUGAUUAACUAUAAGAGUUGUGCGUUUAAGAUGGUCAAGGAUGGGGAGAUCAGUGGUGGGAAGAAGAUAGAGCAGUUCAAGUGGGGGGUGGAGGAACUCAAGUUUUAUUUGGGAACUUGGUUGCAGAAGCAGAGGCAUGGAAGGCUGGGGUCGGUGGGAAGCGUGAAUUGUUGGGUUGAGGGCGAACGGAAGAAGGAUGAAGGGGGGGUGAGGGUUAAGUGGAUGGUGCAGCAGCAGUUUGAGAAGAGUGGGAAGGCGUUGGUUUAUGUUGCUUGAUUGAAGCGGUGGGGAUGGGUUGAGGGUUUGGAUGUUGGAGUCAACGUGGGUUGAUAGGUUGUUGUUGUGGUUUUCGAGAGCAGGUGAGGUGUGUUUUGUGUCAAGGUAUAUUUAGGGGAGAAGAUGGAGAGUUGCUUUGAUGUCUUGUCUUCAGGGGUUAUACAGAAUUGUGCUUUUCGGUACUAGAGGUAGUCUUGAGUAUCACAGAUCUGCCUUCUUAUUCCCGUAAA